CUACCUGGUCUUUCUCCACUAACAGGCUGUGGUGGUGUAGCCAUGGGAAUGUACAAUCUUGACCAGUCUAUCAAGGAUUUUGCCCACAGUUCCUUCCAAAUGGCACUGUCUAAAGGCUGGCCCCUCUACAUGAGCACCAAGAACACCAUCCUGAAGAGAUACGAUGGCCGCUUUAAAGACAUCUUCCAAGAGAUCUAUGACAGAGAAUACAAGUCCCAGUUUGAAGCCAAAAAGAUCUGGUAUGAACACAGGCUCAUCGAUGACAUGGUUGCUCAGGCCCUGAAAUCUGAAGGAGGCUUUGUCUGGGCCUGCAAGAACUACGAUGGGGAUGUGCAAUCUGACUCUGUUGCCCAAGGCUAUGGCUCUCUGGGGAUGAUGACCAGUGUCCUGAUCUGCCCUGAUGGCAAGACUGUUGAAGCAGAAGCUGCUCACGGCACAGUUACUCGUCACUACCGCAUGCACCAGAAAGGCCAAGAAACCUCCACUAACCCCAUUGCCUCCAUUUUCGCAUGGACAAGAGGACUUGCUCACAGAGCUAAGCUGGACAACAACACUAGCCUCAAGAACUUUGCAGUUGCCCUGGAAGAAGUCUGCAUUGAGACCAUCGAAUCUGGCUUCAUGACAAAGGACCUUGCUGCCUGUAUCAAAGGCCUACCUAAUGUCACACGCUCUGACUACCUGAACACCUUCGAAUUCAUGGACAAGCUUGCUGAAAACCUGAAGGGGAAGCUGGCCUCUCUGCUUAAACUUUAAGGCACAGGUUCUGCUCAAGCUCCACUAACAAAACAUCUCCCACUUACACCAGACUGUAAGUGGCACUGUAUCACACUCUGUUGUGUAAUAUUUCAAAUACCAGACAAAUGAACGUGUAGACUUUUAAAAAAUGUUUAAAAGACUGUGUUUUCUUAAACCCCUUGAGCUGCUGGGCUAGGCCUUACUCUUGCUAAGCAGCUGAAUGUGGUAGUAUUCAAGCUCAAUGUGGGUCUGGAUUCCUAAUGUCAUUCAUGGCAGACCUGAGGUUUUUCCCCAUGACUUGUUGAUCUGUGUUUCUUUUCUCUUCCUCUCAGACUG